AUGUAAUAGCAGCAUACUAAAUUAAGAGCAUCAUCUGUUCAAGAACAAGGAGAGUAAAGAUCGAAAUUCCCUAAUAUUCUGACACCUACAUUUGCAGAUUGGAAAAUACCUAGUGAUGCUAGAGCUCAUCCAAAAAUAAGCAGAAGAAAUCCUCUAUUCAAAUUUGGACUUAUUCCACCUAAAAAAGCAACAACACCCUCUUCAUAAACUCAUUAAAAUCCUCAUGAUUUUAGAGGACUUAAGUCUGAAGAACAAAGUUAGAGAAUUAAAGAGAUCAUUGUUGAAGAUAGAGUUAGUACAACAGAAACAAAUAAUCUUCAUUAGUUUGAAUCUGAAAAAAAAUACUUUUAACUAAGAAAUAGAUCCAUAAGUGGACCUAAACACUCUAAUUAAUUGGUAUUCUACUUUAAUUAUUUAUCAUUAGUUAAUCGAAUGUAAAUAAUUAUUUGAUAAUCAAAAGAAAGCUUUUGAGGAAAUAUUAAAAUAAAACAGUCUUUACAACAAGUAUUACAAAGUUAUUGACAAAGAAUAAAAUAUUACAAAUUAGAAAAUAAUGCAAAUUUUUAACUUAUAUAAAUGA